AAAGCUGAAGCGAAAUUUGAUUCUUCAUGGCCAAAAAAAAUGGACGAGAGACUCGCUUGGGCUUGAGAGAGGCCAUCCCAUGGAUAUUCAAUAAUUUUAAUUUCAAUCCAGAAACAAUGACCCAGUUCGGCCGGAAAAUCAUAAAGUCAAGGAUUCGCCGAACGAUUCAACACCGUAUCUCCGUCGUCCGCCCAUGCGUUCUCCGCCUUCUGCACCGCUUCCCCUCGUGUUAUGGAAGGAAUAGAUACCGCAUGCUGUCGCUGCCUUCGCUGGCCGAGCCACCGUCUACGCCACCCUCCGCAGCCGGAGAUGUCGGGGAACUGGUGGAGGCGAUCCCACCGGCUCUGUUCCAUACCCCUGACUUGGAGCUGGAGUCUGAUUUGGUGGCUUUGAAGAUCAGCCUCCUGGGUGACUGCCAAAUUGGAAAGACCAGCUUUUUGGUAAAGUAUGUGGGGAAUGAAAAUGAAGAGAAAUGGGAACACAAGGAAGGGUUAAACCAGAUGGACAAGACUUUAGAAGUAGGAGGAGCCCGCAUAUCAUAUUCUAUCUGGGAGGUUGCAGGUGACGGAAAGUCAGAAGACCAGAUUCCAUUGGCUUGUAAGGACUCUGUUGCAAUUUUGAUUAUGUUUGAUUUAACAAGCCGCUGCACCUUGAACAGUGUCCUGGGGUGGUUCAGGGAAGCCAGGAAAUGGAAUCCGAGCGCAAUUCCAGUGUUGGUGGGAACCAAAUUUGAUGAUUUCAUUCAGCUUCCCAUUGAUUUGCAGUGGACCAUCGCCAGUCAGGCAAGAACAUAUGCGAAGGCCCUCAAUGCGACGUUGUUCUUCUCAAGCGCUACCUACAACAUCAACGUGAAUAAGAUCUUCAAGUUCAUCACAGCCAAGCUGUUCGACCUGCCCUGGACAGUGGAACGGAACUUGACUGUUGGAGAGCCCAUCAUUGAUUUCUAAUCAUGUACUCACGUUGAAAUAUGGAUGACGCUGGGAUUAACGUUGUCCAAACUCAACCGGGCCCCGCUGUAAUCAAGUCAUAAAGGGGCAAUCGAGUUGUUAGCCUCGCACGAUGAUACACAGACAACGAAGGUUCUUGGAUCUUGAAGGAAGGGGAGCAAGCAGUAUCCCAGGUGCACAGAACAGUUAAAGAAGACGGCGGCCAUCUUUCACUGUGGAAUAUAUACUUACUGUGUGUCAUGUAGCACUCGAUUGAUUCGAAAAUACCAGUACUUGAAUGACCCUCUUUCAUGUUCUGGCAUCUAUAAGAAAUUAUUCCCUUGUCUA